GUUUCCUGUCCCUCCUUCACUGCUGUACUCGAGUAGCUUGCAGCGUUGUGGCGCAGCAUUUCAACAACAGCACUGUCAAGCUUCUGGGCGUGUAGAUUAGCCAAAGUACAGUUUUAAGUAAGUGCUACUGUCUGUGGAUCAACUCAACCAUCAUGACUAGCUACCAUAAACCCGAUGAGAAAACUCUGCAGGGGCUGAAAGACGUCGCUAACAAGCUAAGGAUCAACUCCAUAAAAGCGACGUGCGCCUCCAACUCUGGUCACCCUACAUCAUGCUGCAGCGCUGCCGAGCUCAUGUCCGUACUGUUUUUUCACACCAUGCGCUACAAAGCUGACGAUCCCCGCAACCAAUGCAAUGACCGCUUUGUACUGUCAAAGGGUCAUGCUGCACCGGUCCUGUAUGCUGCCUGGGCUGAGGCUGGAUACGUAAAGGAGGCAGACCUUCUAAAUCUUCGUAAGAUUGACUGUGAUUUGGAGGGACAUCCUACGCCAAAACUCGCCUUUGUGGAUGUAGCUACUGGAUCUCUAGGCCAAGGUCUUGGAGCUGCAUGUGGUAUGGCCUAUACUGGGAAAUACUUUGACAAGUCGAGCUACCGUGUCUACUGCAUGCUGGGUGAUGGUGAGUGUUCAGAGGGCUCUGUGUGGGAGGCCAUGGCCUUUGCGUCUUACUACAAAUUGGACAACCUGGUGGCUAUAAUGGACGUGAACCGUCUGGGACAAAGUGAACCUGCUCCUCUUCAGCAUGACAUGGAGACAUACCGCAAGCGCUGUGAAGCUUUUGGGUGGAAUACAUAUGUUGUAGAUGGACAUGAUGUGGAGGAGCUGUGCAAGGCUUUCUGGCAGGCUCAACAAGUGAAAGAUAAACCUACAUGCAUUGUAGCCAAGACCUUCAAAGGCAAAGGGCUCAAAAAUAUUGAAGAUCUUGAGAACUGGCAUGGAAAGCCAAUCCCUAAAGACCGUGUUGAUGACCUUCUGAAUGACCUCCAGGCUCUUAUCCAAGUCCCAAACAAAACCCUCUGCCCUCAGUUACCAGCUGAUGAUGCAGCCCCGGUUGACCUCUCUCAACCAAUCACUCUUCCCUCACCCCCAUCUUACAAAAAAGGAGACAAGAUUUCCACAAGACGUGCCUAUGGGGUUGCUCUGGCCAGAUUGGGUCAGGCUAGCCAAAGAGUGGUGGCCCUGGAUGGUGAUACCAAAAACUCCACUUUCUCAGAGACGUUCAAAAAGGCAUUUCCUGACCGCUACAUUGAAUGCUUCAUCGCUGAACAGAACAUGGUGGGAGUGGCCAUUGGCUGUGCCACACGAGACCGUACAGUUGCAUUUGCCAGCACCUUUGCAGCUUUUCUGUCUAGAGCUUAUGACCAGAUUCGAAUGGGUGCCAUAUCGCAAACAAAUGUGAAUCUGGUCGGCUCCCACUGUGGUGUUUCUAUCGGAGAGGAUGGUCCAUCUCAAAUGGCACUUGAAGAUUUGGCUAUGUUCAGGGCAAUCCCAACAUGUACUGUGUUCUACCCCAGUGAUGGAGUGUCCACAGAAAGGGCGGUGGAACUUGCUGCUAACACACAGGGUAUUUGCUUCAUCCGUACCAGCAGACCAGACACUCCUGUUAUUUAUUCUCCAGAUGAAAAGCUGGAAAUAGGAGUAGCAAAGGUGGUGAGGCAGUCUGACAGUGAUUGCGUCACAGUGAUUGGCGCUGGGGUCACUCUCCAUGAAGCCUUGGCUGCUGCUGACAUCCUGGCCAGUGAAGGGAAAAAUAUUCGUGUAAUUGACCCAUUCACCAUUAAACCUCUGGAUGCUGGCACAAUUGUGUCCAGUGCUAAAGCAACAAGAGGGCAUAUUAUUACUGUAGAAGACCACUACAAAGAGGGUGGUCUAGGAGAGGCUGUCCUGUCUGCUGUCGCCACUGAACCUGGUAUAAUUGUUACCCGGUUGGCAGUGACUGGUGUACCACGAAGUGGAAAACCUCAGGAGCUCCUGGACCUGUAUGGCAUCAGUGCCAAAUACAUUGCUAAUGCUGUGCGUCAGACCUUUGCAAACUGAAGUUACAUUUUACUUGCUUAAUAGCUUAUAAUAUAUAGCUAUAUUCCCGUCUUGUUAAUGCAAAACUACAAAGACUUUAAACGGUUCUUAUUGUUUUUGGAAAGUCAUGUGUAGUGGUGAUUAUAGCUCUGUGUGUGAAGAAAAAACUGUAGCCACCUUUUGAAAACACUGCAGCAUUCCUCUUCAAGUUCUAUUCACUGAUGUAUUCAACCACAUAGAUAUGAAAUGUUACUGUCUCAUCUGCAACAGUUUUCUUCUCUGCCAGGACCAGUGGCUGACAAAAAAUUACUAACAUUCCAAACUACACAUUUCUAUUUGUGGUGUGAAUAAAAUAAUACCCCUCAA